AUGCCAUCAUUAUACCAACCACGACGAGGUGGUUCAAUUGAAGUUGUAUCAGAAAAAGCUGCCUCAGAAAUAGUGACUGAUUUAGAAAAAAGACCUGAUUCAACAGAAUAUAUUGAACCUGAAGAAAAGUUUAUAAAUGAUUACAUUCAACAAAAUUCUAAACGAAUUCAAAGCGCAUCAUCAAGUGUAAGAACGGCUUCAUCAUUAUCAAAUGAUGGAAAUAUAAUAGAACAAAAAGAACCAAUUAAUAAUCAACGUCGUUUAUCACGUCAUGCUAGUGCACAUCGUUUAUUUGAAGUUAAUGAGUGGGAAGAACAACAGAAAAGAUUAAAACAAAAAAUUCAAACAGGAGAAUCAAAUACAAAUUAUUCAUAUAAUGAAAUCAAAGCUACAACUCAAGAACUUAUGAAAGAUUAUGAACAAUUAAUAAAUAAAUAUGAUUUUGAAACACUUCGUCGUCGAGAAUUUAUCUAUCGAAAUUAUCGUUGUAAUGUACGUGAACCAUUUUUAGUGGCAAAAACUAAACAAUUUCAACGUUUGGAUAAAACACGUCUUGAUCGAAAUCGAUUUAAAGCUGAACAAUAUACUCAAUAUCUUCAAUUUAUUAAUAAACAUCGAUUUAUUACUCAAGAUGAUUAUGAUAAACGUGAAUAUGAUGCUAUGGCACAAUAUGAUGAUAAAACUGAAGAGAUUCACACAACAGUUUUAUCAGAUCCAACUCUUCUUCCUUAUCAUAAAUGGAUAAAUGAACGUCGUACAGUAUCAUCUAUAGGAUGUCGAAGUCAAACGCAAAAAAUUGCCGAUCCUCGUCGUGUAGUUUCUGAACAAGGUUUUCGUUAUUAUCAUCGUACAGCAACACCUCUUUCGAAUGGUCGUUCAUCACAGUCUGCACUUUCUUGGCAAAUGCAUGAUCAAACACAUAUUGAUUCUCCUGUUAGACGUUUAGCAAGUGCUAAAUGUUAUCAUAUUGAACAAAAAUCACAAAAUCCAACUAAUUUUGAUCCAAUCGAUCGAUCUUUAUCAUAUUUACAUCAUCGUACUGUAUCAUCAUCAGCUGUUACAGCAUAA